AGAUUGUGAAAAAAACUAGAAAGUAUAAAAGAUAGACCGAAUCAAUAAAAUACUUAAAACAAAUGUUAGGAAUAGACAAAAACGCCGUUCAAAUUAAUGUGUCUUAUAUAUUCAAAUAUUCUGCAAAAACCAAAGAUAUUAAUAUUAUUCAAAUUUUAACAUCCAUUUACAUUUACAUAUUUAUAUAUAAGUUGAUACAGUCGUGCGUACUCACUUAAGAAACAAUCAAACCAAAACAAACAGUUUCACACUGACAUUUGAGAGAAUGUAACGACAAGUUGAGGGAAGAUAGUCAUAAAACAACCAUUUUAUGUAUAACUUGUCGACACUUGCAAUAUCAAACAUCAAAUGGAUAAUUUUUCUUUAGAAAUCAAAACAUAGUGUACUGUUUAUAAUUCAAGUACUACUACCUUAAAUAUGGCGCAUUGUGCGAGCACGAUUUGUUUAAACAAAUAUAUAUACUCUCAACCAUUUCAAACUACUUUUUCAAAUUUCCUAGGUUUACAGGACUUCUUCAGCACCUAAACUCAUCUAUAAAUUCAUCUUAUUGUCUUAUAUGUUUUUUUACCUCUCAACUAAAACCAAACUACAAAAAGAAACACUUCUCUAAUUCCGGGAACCAUUUCACUUAAUAUAUGGCAAUGAAGAGUCUCUCCUUUCUUGCGAUUCUAUCUCUUCUGGCCUUAACACUUCCAUUAGUCAUUUCCUCUGACCCAAGCCCCCUCCAAGACUUUUGUAUUGGCGUCAACAACCCAGCAAAUGGCGUUUUUGUGAACGGAAAGUUUUGCAAGGACCCAAAGCUCGCAACGGCGGAUGACUUCUUUUUCGCAGGGCUUCACAAUGCAAGACCAGUAACUAAUGCAGUCGGUUCAAAUGUGACAGCCGUCAAUGUUAACAACCUUCCAGGAUUAAACACCCUUGGAAUCUCUCUUGUCCGUAUAGACUAUGGAGUGCAAGGGCAGAACCCGCCUCAUACUCACCCACGUGCCACCGAGAUCCUGGUUCUCCAAGAAGGAACACUUUUGGUAGGUUUUGUCUCAUCAAAUGGAGACGGAAAUCGCCUCUUCACCAAAACACUGAAGCAAGGUGAUGUAUUUGUGUUUCCAGAAGGACUCAUCCAUUUCCAGUUUAACGUGGGGCGGUCUCCAGCGGUUGCAUUCGCUGCUUUGAGCAGCCAAAACCCGGGUGUUAUCACUAUUGCCAACACCGUGUUUGGGUCUAACCCACCUAUAAACCCGAAUGUUCUUGCUAGGGCUUUCCAGUUGGAUCCUAAGGUUGUCAUGGAUCUACAGAACAAGUUCUGAAUAUCAUCAUGAUAUAAUAUUGUGUGUUUCGAUUUCUUUCAUUUCAUGUAUUUGGCUAAAUAAAGAUCGUGUAUUAGCCCGUUCGUUGUAAUGUAAUGCUA